CCGGGCGUGCCCACGUGACUGCCCCGCCCGCCGCCUGCGGCCCGCCGAGCCCCGCCGCCUCCCUCGGGCUGCAGCUCCCGGCGUGCCCCGCACUCGCCGCUGCCCACCCGCCUGCCCCUCCUUCUCCUCCCAGUGCCACAGAGCCGGAGCCCGAGCUGCCGCCGCAGCCACAGCCGAGGGCACUAUGGCUUCUGGAGUUACAGUGAAUGAUGAAGUCAUCAAAGUUUUUAAUGAUAUGAAAGUAAGGAAAUCUUCUACACAAGAGGAGAUCAAAAAGAGAAAGAAAGCAGUUCUCUUCUGUUUAAGCGAUGACAAAAGACAAAUAAUUGUAGAGGAAGCAAAGCAGAUCUUGGUGGGUGACAUUGGUGAUACUGUAGAGGACCCCUACACAUCUUUUGUGAAGUUGCUACCUCUGAAUGAUUGCCGAUAUGCUUUGUACGAUGCCACAUACGAAACAAAAGAGUCUAAGAAAGAAGACCUAGUAUUUAUAUUCUGGGCUCCUGAAAGUGCACCUUUAAAAAGCAAGAUGAUUUACGCUAGCUCUAAAGAUGCCAUUAAAAAGAAAUUUACAGGUAUUAAACAUGAGUGGCAAGUAAAUGGCUUGGAUGAUAUUAAGGACCGUUCGACACUUGGAGAGAAAUUGGGAGGCAAUGUAGUAGUUUCACUUGAAGGAAAACCAUUAUAAAAUGACAGUCAAGUGCCAUCUGGAUCUUAAGGAGCUUCCAUUUCUCUAGCUCAGACCAUUGGAAUAGUAUUAGGUUUUGGUUUUUGGUUUUGUUUUUUUUUGUUGUUUUUUUUUCCACUGGGCCCUUCCAACACAAUGAAGGAAAUAUCAUUUAUUUAAGCAGCCUAUCAGUGAUUGCCAUUAGACUGUUUAAUACUGUUACUUUUAUGUAGAACCCAAGGAAUGCCUUCCUGUCAUAUUUUAGCCAAAACAACUGGUUAUAUGCCUCCCUUGCAGCAGACACUACAAUGAAUGUGAUCGUCAAUGUGAAUAGCUUAGAAUACUACAAAGGAUAAGCUAACUGAAUGCCUUGAAAGUAUUAUCCACUGGUCAGAUGGUCAACUUUUUUCAGUAUUAUUUAUAGUUGCACUUGAUUGCAGUUCUGUGAGGCUUGAGCAUUCAUACACCUCACCUGCCUUGGCAAGCCUAUUUUUGUGACAUGGCAGCACGGAUAUAACACUAUGCAUUAAAAGCACUUUUUGUAACAAGUUUAAUACCCUAAAAGGAAUGCCAAUUAAGUUUUGUUAACUGUGUCAUCAACUUAUCCUAGUACCUCAGUGUUCAUUCCUGUUACCUGCAUAUCUUAAAUAGCUGUUAUUAAUGCCUAUUUGUUUUCCAUUGAGUGUACACUACUGAAUAAGUGUAGGAGUUUUAUGUUUACCAUGUGAGUCCUGCAACACUAAAGAUAUUUUGAUUAUCAGUCAUGAUGGCAAUUUCUGUAUAAAAGAGCCUUAAAUGGAACAUUGUUUUGAGAUCAAACUCCCCACCCUCACAAAAAUGGCCACGUUGCAAUAAAAAUUGUGGCAUAUUACAGAACGUUGCCUUGUUUUCCUUGGAAAUUUUGCAAAAUGUUAUGUGAAACAACUUCUAGGGUAAGAACAGCUAUUAAUCUCUGCACUGGUCAUUUGAGAAUUUUUUUGUAUAACAUUCAUGUGUGAUAUUUUCCAGAUUUGUUGGAUUUAUUUGGUUUAAAAAAGAUUCUAUCUUAAAGCCAACUAAUAUAAAAUACCAUUGUUAAAGAAUGGUACUUUUAUAAACAUUAGUGUAUUUAUUAUGUGUUAAUAUGAAGAUCAGAAAUUAUUUUUUUCACUUUGGCAUAAAUACUUUUCAAUAUCUGAUUUGUUCUCUGGAUAAAUUAGCAUAGUUAUUUUUUUAUUUACAUUUACAUUUCUUAGUAGUUGUAUAGUAGCAGGAAGCUCUCAUUGCUUAUUUGGUCAUAAGGAAAAUAUUUGUAAAAUGUUGUCCUUCAACACUUUAAUAUUUCUGAUGUUUUGGAACAGUCAUUUCACCUAUUUCUGAAUAUAUUUUGCAAAUUGAAUUGGAGUAGGAAUUGAUAAAGCAGUCUUAAACAUUUGUAGUGGGAUUUGGCUGUGGUCCAGGCUGCGCUCCUUAUAGAGAAUUUGAUCUGUUCAGUGUGAGCAGUUUGCUGUUAGCCAGGGCUAUUUAUGGCAAACACAUGCUUUUGUAUCUUGUCAUAGUUAUCCACAAAUGGCAAAACUGGACUUGAUUCUACUGGUAUGCAAAACAGGCAUGCUAGUAAGCAGUCAGUCAUGGCUCAGAACUUAACCCCGUAGUUCUGAGGAAUGCUUUUAUGAGAAAACAGGAAAGAAAAUAUCCCUUAAAAUUUUUUUUUGAAUGUGUGGAAAUAAUUUGAGAAUGAUUAGGUUUUUUCCAUAUUUUUGAAAGAUUUUUCAGACGUGAACAUUAAAAAUAGGGUUGAAAUGUCUAGGCUUCCACUUAUAUGAAUGGUUUGGGAUCUUUUUGCACUGAGCAAUUUUAUUUCAGGCUUCCAGCUGUCCCUGUGAGUUUUCCUGGACAUUUCGACCGUUUUUGGUAAGGCCAAACUCUAAUAAGCAAAAAGAGAAUAAUGACAUAUACUAAACAAUAUGCGUAACCGAUACUUGCACCAUGGAAUUUCAUUUAUUUCCUCAUACUUUUAAAAAGUAAGGGACUAUAAAUCAGUUAUGUGGUAUCUUUUGUUCUUGUAGCUGAUUCCUUAACUUUCUUGUAUGCCUCAUUAGUAAUUUCAGAGAUUAAAUAUUGCUUUAAACUGUGAUACUUUGAUUUGCUAGAUUGACAAAACUGAUAGUUAAUUUCAUCUUUGAAAUACAUCUUUGUGCAUAGAGGCAAAAAAAUGAUAAUAAUAGUUCACUUGUUGAGAAUAAUUUGGCAUUUGAAAUGAUUAUUUUCUUUUACAAUCAUUUAUAAUGAAUCAAUGUUCCAGUUAGCUUUAAAAGGUAUACGGUGCUAAUUAGUAAAAUAUUGAAGGCAAUAUUUUACUGCUAGCUUGCAAAGUUAUGAGUUUAAAAAAUAAAAUAUAUGAAAAUA